GUGUGCCUGCAAGCCGCGGGCCAGGCUGUCCCGCCCGGGCCCUUCGCUGAGGUGACGGGCGUCGGGGGCCCGGCGUGCCGGCCGCGCUCACGCCUUCCUCAGGAGACCUCCGGCUCCCGCAGUCGGCUCGGGGUCGGCAAAGGAGCCCAACGCCCGCGGUACAAACAGGAACGGCCCCUCCACCGCCCCGUCUGCCCUCCAUAAGAGCCCACGGCGCUCAGGCCGUGAGGUGCAGCCCCCGGGGGACGGCGGCUGGACGCCAGAGCCGAGAGAAGGAGAAAAUCCCGCCCGCUGAGGGGUUUUGCGGGCUGGCAGGUGACCCCGGAGCGGCGGGGAGGAGGCGGUCCGUCCUGUUCCUGUGCCGGGUCACGCAUCGGCUCCUCAGCCGCCGCGGGCUCCAGCUCGGCACAUUGCGAACUCGGGGGUGACUUGUGAGGAAAUUGCCUUCCCCGGAGCCUGGACCUGUGUGUUUUUGUGGCCUAGCAAAAGGCAGUUUCCUUUCUCGAACUGUUGGCAUCUACAUGCCUGGAUUCAGGCAUUCCCAAAGAAAUGGGGGAAUGCAGCUGAUAAGUCCUUAACCACCCUGUGCUCCCACAAGCAGCACCAAAAGCUAUCUUCUUCUCCACUUUGGCACCUUGGGAGCGGGCUUCUCUGUUACCUGCUCUGGGUACAUUUUUAGUGGCACUACAGACCAAAGGAGAUGGAAGAAAAGGAGCGAUGUGAUAAAUUCCAUUUGGUACCUUGAGACUAAGGGGAUUCAUAUCUUUUGACUUUUAUUUUUUUUUUUUUCUGUGGGGCGUGAGAGUGCUACAUUUUAUGGGGUAUGGGAGGAGGGAAGAAAAAUAUUUUGCAGCUCUUUAUGUGGUUUUUAAAACCAGCAAUCAGAGGCAAUUACUGAAUAAACUGAAGCACAAGAGGAGGGUUUGUGAGCUGGAAGCAGCACUAGACUGCAAAAGAAAGGGACAGUGGGUCGCUGUUGUGACUGUGGAGGAAGAAACUUCAGCCUCCUUCAUUUCUUACCACCUACUCUCCAUCCACCCUGCGAGAAAAUGAGUUGCGUGCCAUGGAAAGGUGACAAGACCAAAUCGGAACCGCCAGAGCCACCUCAGCCACCACCACUGCAUAUUUACCAUGAGAAGCAGCGUAGGGAGCUGUGUGCCCUGCAUGCCCUCAACAAUGUCUUCCAGGACAGCAAUGCCUUCACUAGGGAAACCCUGCAGGAGAUUUUCCAGAGGCUGUCUCCCAACACCAUGGUGACGCCCCACAAGAAGAGCAUGUUGGGAAACGGAAACUAUGAUGUGAACGUGAUCAUGGCAGCGCUUCAGACCAAAGGCUACGAGGCAGUUUGGUGGGACAAGCGCAGGGAUGUUAACGUCAUCGCCCUGUCCAACGUGAUGGGCUUCAUCAUGAAUCUGCCAUCCAGCCUCUGCUGGGGCCCCUUGAAGCUCCCCCUCAAGCGACAGCACUGGAUCUGCGUCCGGGAGGUGGGAGGCACCUACUACAACCUUGACUCCAAACUCAAGGUGCCCGAGUGGAUUGGGGGUGAAAGUGAGCUCAGGAAAUUUUUGAAACACCAGCUGAGAGGAAAGAACUGUGAACUCCUGCUGGUGGUGCCAGAGGAGGUGGAAGCACAUCAGAGCUGGAGAGCUGACGUGUGACCCAGACUGACUCUGUCCUCCCACUACAGCUCUUCCCCUUUACUGAACUCCCGACGUCCUGAAACCUGGAUAAUGGGUGCCCCAACUCUUCUCCUCUGGAAUUUCCUUUGUUAGGCUCUUCUCUUCCUUCCUUGGUGCAAUAGGGCAACGGUGUAAGACAUUGGGGGUGGCAGGUGGGGAAGAACUAAAGGCAGAGUGGAGGAAACUGGAAGCCAAGCACUCUAAUUGCAAAGGCAGAUGAGAUGCAUGCCCUUUAGCUAUUCCGCUCUUUAAAACUGAGCUCUGAGGUGAGGGUGUCUGGAAGCCUCUGGCCUCCCUUUCCCCAUGUCAGUCAAGGCCAUGUGUGGUGUGAUGCUGCUCCCUUGGGGGCUGAACACACUGCCACCUCCUCACAAGUUUCUCCUUCCAAAACAGGGUGUUGUGAAGAUGUUUGCAAUUCCUAAGGGUCUCUUGGGAUGCUCUCAAACACUAGGAAUGGUACGGUGCUCAGCACGACCCUCUGCUUCUUAGGGAUGGUUUGUGCCAGGAAUUGGAAAACAAUUAUAAGUGUCAUCUCGCAAGAAAUUCUUUAGGUAGCGAGAGGGUUCUUCUGCAGUGUCUCAGGCCCUGUGUCUGUGGUGAGUGGUUGUUGGGCAUCACGAGCAUCACUAAGGCGACGUGGAAACAGCGAGCACAGGCUAAUUGAGGAGUAUUGAGUUUCUGGACUGGAAAGAGGCCAUAAUCUGCUUGAGUUUCUUUGUGCUACAUUUUUCGUGGUUGUUUUUUUUUUCUAUUUCUUUUUGUCUCGUUUUUCUUUUUUAAUAUCUAUUUUGGUUUUCUACAUGGCCACCCAAUAGUUUAGGGGCUGCUUGGAGAAAAGAAUAAAACUAGAGGGGUUUUGAGAGGAAUUAAUUUGCUUUUAUUUUCCUCUUUCCAGAGGUCCAGCCCAGUCAGGAAUGUCAUGCAAAAUAUCCCAGAAAGAAGUAAAGUUACAAAGCAAAAAUCGGCUGAGGUGGGAAACCUUUAUAAUAGUCAGGUUUUGCCCUUUUUAUAGUUGGUGGCUGAUAAUGUGGGAGAUGCAGGGGGUCCACCAGAACCUUUGAGUGUUAAGAGACCCUGGCCUGGUAGCUGAACCAACCUCUCUUUAGUGGUGGCCGACAAACAUUCCGUUAGUAGACUAAUUGCUUCUUCCUUCCAUGGGGAAGGGUGACUAGAUAUGGAGAUGCUAAGAGGAGUCUCCACCGGCUGUUCCCCAGUCACCUGGACGAGCUGUAGCUUGGUCACGCCUUCCGCAGUAGGAGGGGGAAAUGCUGAAUUUGGGACAGACUUUGUUGCGUUUAACUCUUCCUGCCAUUUGCUUCCACCCUCGAUGCAUGGGAUGUCUCAGUUAAACAGUGAUCUCUGGGAUGCGAUGGAGCUUGAAGGGUGCUGCUCCAUCACGCAGGCAGGUCUCAUUUCUGGUGUGCGAGCUUGCAAAGAGAGGGGUUAUAACUACCUUUUCUCAGUCGUUUUUUCUUGAGAGCUCCACAAAGCACGAGUGCGUGCCCGAAGCUGAGACACCCCCAUGCUUGCACCUUCAGAACAGAGGCCAUGGGGCAGCAUGUGGACAAUGUUCGCUGACCCCCGGGCAUCUGGCCAGCAUUAUUUUGCAGUCCUUUGAGCACAGCCUCCCGCAGUCAAGGGCAAAUGGCUCUUAACAUUUUAAAGACCCAACCUUUCUAUAAAAAGGUCCUAUUUCAUAACACAUUCCACUGACCAAUACCAGCUGGCAGAGUUUUUAAACACUUUACAGGCAGGAUGUGCAGCCUGCAGGCAUCCUGCUCGUGACUUGAAGCCAUUUCUUCAAGAGGGGGGGGGGGAAAUAAAUCUCAACAGCAAUGUUUUCUAUGCUGAUUAAAAGUCGCACUUUGGAGAAACCCUGUUUGCAUGGAAACUGCAAGCCAAUGGAUCAGUGCACAAUAUGCAAAGAUGUUUUAAAAUAUUUUGGGGCUACUUUCCUUGUAUGUCAGCACCUUUCCUGUGGGGGGGAACAGUGUGAUCCAGCUGCUCAGGUAAAAGGAAGGUGUGUGCUCACACCCCCACGGGAGGUGAGGCUGUUGGGCCCAAGAGGGUGGGCGAGCCGGUCCAGUCCCACCGCUUGGGAGUGGGAAAGCCUGUGUUUGUUUUCUUGCUUGUUUGGUUUUGUUAGAGCCUUGUCUUGGGUUUGUUUACAGAGAUGUAUUUUGUUUAACCAAAUAUUAAAAAUAGAAUAAAAAAAAAGUUUCCAUAUAAAUGUCCUAUCACUUCUGUAUGUUCAACUGAAUUGUUCUGUAACAAUGUAAAGGAAAAAUAAAUUUUUUUCUUUGGUUAUAAAA